GAGAAAUUCAGCGGUAGCGAAAUAUGAGCAAAGCUGUAUUUUGGGACAAUACAUAAAGCUCUACAGAACAGUAAACUGUAUUGCAGAAAGACCAUCGGGAACAAGUGUUUGAAAAUGCCGCUUAAAUACACACCCAGACCAACCAUUCUUCCUGCCGUUGAUUUCGAUGCCUCAGCGGAUGCCACCGCCUUGCGUGCAGCCAUGAAGGGAUUCGGAACGGACGAACAGACUAUCAUAAGCAUUCUUUGUGCUCGUUCUAACUCGCAGCGUCAAACAAUUGCUACCAAGUUUAACGAAGAACUUGGCCGUGAUCUUCUAAAUGAUCUGAAAUCAGAGCUUUCCGGUAAUUUGGGAAAUCUAAUCCGCGGACUGAUGUUGCCACCGAUGAACUACCUGUGUGACCAACUGUUCAAAGCGAUGGACGGAUUUGGUACAAACGAAUGCACGCUCAUUGAAAUACUGUGCUCGCAAGAGAGUCAGCAAUUGCAAUUAAUUGCAAAACUGUACGAAGAGAUGUUUAAUAGACCUCUGGUGGAGCACGUGUGCUCGGAAACAUCCGGAGAUUUCAGGCGAUUACUCACUUUGUUGCUUACUACGACGCGUGAUCCACCGCGUUCGGUUGAUCGACAUUUGGUAGAGCAACAAGCCAAACUGCUAUACGAAGCCGGUGAAGGUAAAUGGGGCACAGAGGAAUCUACGUUCAGUAAGAUACUUACAAAGUCAGGUUUUGAGCAUUUGGAGCUAUUGUUUGAGGAAUACAAGAAACUGACGGAUCGAGCCAUCGAACAAGCAUUGAAGGCCGAGCUAAGUGGAAAGUACUACGAAGCACUCAGUGCCAUUGUCGAAUACGUUCGCAGUCCGGCACGAUUCUUUGCGAGGCGAUUGUAUGAAGCGAUGCGUGGCUUGGGCACAGAUGAUGCUGCCCUAAUCCGGAUCAUAGUUUCGCGAGCGGAAAUCGAUUUGGAGAAUAUUAAGGAGGAAUUUGAACGGAUGUAUGGUAAAACUUUGGCAAAUGCCGUAAAGAGUGAAACAUCAGGAGAUUAUGAAAGGACGCUUUGUGAGCUCAUCGAAAAAAAAAAUAAUUUAAAAUCAAUACUGUCAAAAUAAAUGUCACGUGCUAGGUGGCCCUACACAAAAUGAUUAUGUGCACAGGAUGAAAUAAGGUUGCUGUCCAAAAUAUUAU